CAUUCUAGAGGAGCGUGGUAGCAGCACCAGCACCAGCACGAACCUUUUUUGUCCCAACGACGAAAUUUUCAAACCUGUAAUAAUAUUUCUUUCUCGCCCCUUCCUCUACCUACAUCUACCCACCCAGUACAUAUUGAGAUUAGUCUUCCGGGUAUGAUGAUGGCCUUUUGCUUCCUGCUGAGGGCUAUGCGAGGCCCACUGGACUUGCAACUUCUUGCAUUGCAUCCCGGGAGAUCUCUGCUUUGUUUCGUGAUACCAGAUUGGCUUUGGGGAUGGGAUACUGGACUUUAUUGGGGAGUCAUAGAGUUAGUACUAGGUAAUCUCUCUGGGAGUUUCGUCGUGGAACGGAAACUUGAAGAAUGGGGAAAAUCAGGGAGGAGAGAUCCUGGGGGCGAUGGGACUCGACUCUACGUAGUCGACCUGGUUUUGUUUGUUCGGGGAGGGGGGCGGGGAUCCCCAUUGUCACAUCUGAAUGAUGCAAAUUCAUUAGCGCAGUUCUGGAGUCUCAGUUUCAGUUUUCUCUGUUGUGGAUACGGAUACCAAUUGAAGAUUGUUGUGCUGAAUGCUUUAGUGUUUGUGGUUGUAGAUGGAGAGGGUCCAUCCAGUCCUCGUCUUGGUUCUGUCUGAUUUGGAAGGAAGUUGUGAAUGUUGGAUAUUGAAUACCAUCAGCAAAACUAUGUGUACAAUUACAGAGAAUCAUUAGCACAAGAUGCCAGAUACUACUUCAUAACUACGCCCAGAUUUUGUAUCUGUGA